CGACUGCACCUCCCCUUGAAAAGACCGGUAAAAGGCUUGAAAUUUCUCCUUCGUUUUUGUUCAAUCACAAGAUGUGGGGCUUAGAACUCUCCCUAAAACCAGACUUUUUCAGAUCUGCAGCUCUUCCAUCCCUGUCCGUGACUUGCUCUUGGUUGGGUGAGAAUGAAUCUUCGGUUUUAGGUUUUGAUUGUUCUGUCACCGUAGCACUUGGGUUAAGCCUUAUGUUCUGUGUGAGUGAGGAAGCGAAACCGAGGACGGGGAAAGUAAGGGGAGUGACGAGUUAGAAGGCUAGCCACUUGUGAUUGGAUAUGAAAUUUUAGAUUUUAUCCUCCUUGUGUAAGGUAGAUUUUAUUCUUGAGAUUUUGUGAUUUGAAUAAGUUCCGAGCCUUGUGCAUUUGUGGGAUCCUUUCACGAGUGCACGGCGUCUACCACGUCCUCGGAUUUGGGUUAUGAGGCAUGACAACAGAUCAGAUCUUCAACCUUUACAGCAGUUUCUUUGCGCGCUUCCUCCAGCCAAUUGUCGACUUGGCUCCUUGCUUUCUUUGCUGGCCGGUUAAGUUGUGUGUUUAAUUCUGCCUUAACAUCUUGGAGUUGGCGCUUCAGCUUAUUUUGUUUAGCUUCGAAUUUAUCCACAAACUCACUGGGACAAAAUUGAUACUUGACAUAUUUGCAAACUGUAGGGCCAACGUCCUUUACAAUAUCAAUGGCUGAUUUUAUGUUGUCCAUUUGAGAGUCCCUGCAUAUAUAAAAUUGUUAGAUAUAG